AUGGGCGACUUCCUGCGAUCCGUCUGGCUCGCCGAGGAGUCGCACAUGCUCGCCGCCGCGCACGCCGCCGGGCGCGCGGAUCCGCGUGCGCGCGACAGGGCUGUGGGGCUGCUGCGCGCGUGCUCGCUGUGGCGGCAGAAGUCCAGUGCGGCGAUCACUCGGGUCGCUGGUAGCGCAGGGAGCGCAGGGAGGGGGUCCACUGGGGUCGCCGGGAGCGAUAGGGUAUGGGCGCAGGUGUGGGCGCAGGUGUGGGCGCAGGUGUGGGCGCAGGUGUGGGUGCAGGUGUGGGCGCAGGUGUGGGUGCAGGUGUGGGCGCAGGUGUGGGCGCAAGGGGGCUGGGGGGAGUUUGCUGGGGCGGGCAUGGUGGCGGCGGAUGGGGUUGGGGGGCGGGGGGGAGAGGCGGGGGGGCAGGGCGUGGGGGGGAGUGCGGGGCGGAGGGGGAGGAAGCGGAGUGGGGAGGGGGGAGGGGCGCCGGUGGAGAGGAGGCAGAAGAAGAUGAUCAAGAAUAGAGAGUCUGCCGCUCGGUCCCGGGCGAGGAAACAGGCGUACACUUUAGAGUUGGAGUUGGAGGUGGCACAGCUUAAGUUGGAAAACGAACAGCUGCGCGCCCCCACCCCACCAGGCGUACACGCGCACCCCCAACUCCUCCCCCCCCCCCUUGGUGCUCCCCCACCCCCCUCUUGGUGCCCCCCGCACCCCCCACCCUUCCAGGCGUACACAGUGGAGUUGGAGGCGGAGGUGAAGGAAGAGAAGGAGAAGCUGCGCACACCAUCCCUCUGCAUGUCCCCCCUUCCCCUCUCCUCCUCCACCCUCCUUCCCCUCCAGGCAUACACAGUGGAAUUGGAGGCGGAGGUGAAGGAAGAGAAGGAGAAGCUGCGCACACCAUCCCUCUGCAUGUCCCCCCUUCCCCUCUCCUCCUCCACCCUCCUUCCCCUUCCAGGCAUACACAGUGGAAUUGGAGGCGGAGUGGAAUUGGAGGCGGAGGUGAAGGAAGAGAAGGAGAAGCUGCGCACACCAUCCCUCUGCAUGUCCCCCUUCCCCUCUCCUCCUCCACCCUCCUUCCCCUUCCAGGCAUACACAGUGGAAUUGGAGGCGGAGGCGUACACUGUGGAGCUGGAGGCGGAGGUGGCUCAGUUGAAGGAAGAAAACGAGCAGCUGCGCUCUCCCAGCUGCUGCCUGCUGCAGUCCCCAACCCACGCGCACGCGGUGAGUCAAUCAACACUGAUGUGGUGA